AAACCGGAAGUAAUAAUGUAAACAAAACAGGAAAAGUACAGCCAAGGAGAUGUUAGUAUUUAAUAUCGCUUUUCUUUUAUUUUUUACGAUGUAAUGUCCAUCUAGAAAUGCUAAUUUGCCAUUAAGCUGCAAAUCUGUCUUUUGUUGACGUUUUUGCUUGGUUUAUAUACAUAGCCUAGCACUCGGUCAGUAGUCUCAGUUUGUGCUAACGUGUUAGCUUCAACGCCAAUGCCACAGGACGGGGAGCAGGCUCUGCCGCUGGUCCGCUCUUUGAACAGCAGGAUACCGGUCAGCGCUAUUUUCUGUAACCGCACUUCUCGUGUGGUACGACCGCUGUGGGUGGACUUCAAUGGAGAACCUCGGCCCUACCACGACAUACAGCCAGGCACAGGCAGGAAGGUGUGCACAUUCGUAGGUCACCCGUGGCUUUUCAGAGAUGCGGAGAGUGAUGACCCCAUGAAAGUGAAUAGCAAAGAACUGUUUCUCCCUACACCAGUAGCCAGUGGAAACCCUACAAUGGCAAACAUAACUUUACCAGUCUACACACUGAAGGAUCGUGCUCUUCAGGUUAUACGCCGACUGGUUAGACCAGAGGAUUUCAGGAUGUUAGAAAUCGCUCGGUGUCUGCACGAGGAACUGGAGGACAAGCCCAGUACAGUGAGGGACCUGAGGCGCAUGAACCAACGAGUGGAACAGCAUCUUCUGGACACUAUACAGGGCAGGGAUGGGACAUGAGUGAAUGUUAGGACAAAGGUUUGAACUGUGACCAAAAAAAGUUGAAUAAUUGAUAUAUCUUUGCAAUCUUUCCAAGCUGUAUUUUUUACAAUUUUUUUUAUUUAAUAAUUGGAAAAAUGCUUGGUUAUUUUUUGUAUCAAACUGUAAAAACAUUUUUAAAAUAGAUUUGCAUUAAUAGAUCUAUUAUUAUUUUAGAAACGUGCAUCCCUUUCCUGAAUGGACAAUUUCUAAUUUAAUUUAAUAGGAUGUUAUGUAUCAUGGGCCUAUACAUAUGAUGCCAUCUUGAACAGCUGUUUAUUAAAUAAUACACUGG